AAGCCGGCGCAGAAAGGAGGCAGCACCAUUGCCGUAUUGCAGAACAUCCCGCUUCACACUAAGAUCAACGUGAACAAAGUGAGCAGUGGAAAGGCGAUGACAGUGAACAGCAAGGCAAACUUUCCAAGAUCCACCACUCCCGCUAGCCUCAACGCUGUUCUCGCUCCCGGCAAGUCUCUCUUGAAAGAAAAAGAGAAGAAGUCUUCGAGCCAGUUCUCCCAGCCCUUCGGAGACGAUAAGAUGGCGGGCGAUGACGACAUCAAUGAUGUUGCCGCCAUGGGUGGCGUGAACUUAGCCGAGGAAUCACAACGCAUUCUUGGCUCUACUGAAAUGAUCGGAGCACAGAUAAGAUCUUGCAAAGAAGAGUACCUGGUCCCGUUGGGUUUGAUGCAAUCCCGCAUCAAGGCUAUAGCGGCUAAGCACGGCCUGGAGGAAUCGUCACCGGAGGUAGCGGGGCUGCUCAGCCACGCGCUGCACGAGCGUAUCAAGACCAUCGUUGAGAAGCUGGCUGUAAUAGCCCAGCACCGCAUAGACGCCUUAGUCAAGACGGACUCCCGUUAUGAGACUACUCAAGACGUGAAGGGUCAGCUGAAGUUCUUGGAGGAUCUUGACCGCGUCGACAAGAAGCGACGUGAGGAUUCCGAAAGAGAGAUGUUGUUGCGAGCUGCCAAAUCAAGGUCCAAGAAUGAAGACCCGGAGCAGGCCAAGCUGAAAGCCAAGGCUAAGGAGAUGCAGCGCGCUGAGCUGGAAGAGCUGCGCCAGCGCGAAGCCAACCUCACGGCGCUGCAGGCCAUCGGGCCGCGCAAGAAGGCCAGGCUGGAGGCUGGGCCCGGCGGCUCCGGAGACCCCACCUCCAGUGGAGUCGCCAGCACCUCGGGAUUUCAAUCUGGGCACAGCCAGAUGGCGCUCCGCACACGUCUGAAGCGCAUCAACAUCCGCGAUCUCAUCUACUGGAUGGAGCAAGACCGCCAGUAUAUGCGCUCUGAAACACUCUACCGUCUUUACCUUAAGUAAAGGAAGUCAUGGUCGAAAAACACCCGACCUAUAAAUAACAUAGCCUUCACGAAAAUACGGCAGUAGCUCAACAUGGAACAAACUCCGACACUAAGCUGUGCUACGAUUGCCCUCGUUAGGUCACAAUCCACGCUAAUACGCGCUUCACAGGAAUUUAGACAUAAAUGCAUACAACCACCAUUUAUAAAAAUCCUUACGAUUAUAGUAUAGUUAACAUAUCGCUGCAGACUAGGUCAUGAAUCAUUCGAGUGUUUCGCUUUCUUUCCCACUCACGGGCCUUAUGGACAGACCACGCCCACCCGUUGUCCUGUACAUCUUUGCAGUCGAUGAGUGAUAUCGAUAGGUUUAUAUGUUUGUAAGUGGGUAAUAGAAAUCAAAACACAUUUAUUUUUUAUCACCUAAUUUGCAACAAAGUAUAUUAAAUAUUUAAACAAAAUAAAACAUAUACAGGGUCACUGGUAUUUUUGAACUUUUAAUUAUUAACAAAGAUCUGCUACGGCGACAACUAUGAUAUUAACUUAAAUUUCAGUACAGUCGCGCCGUAAAUCAUUUUUAAAUUGGUUCUAAAUGAUGUAAUCUGGGAUUUUCGAUAAAAAUACUUAAAAUCUAUGUAACUCAGAAACUGCUGAAUUUCGGUAGAACAUUUAGUGGCUUAAUUUGUUGCUUUUUAGCCCUACUGUGACGUCCUGUAAGAAAUACGUCGAGUUACCAGUAACCCUGUAUGAAACAAAAAUGAAUGCAGUAUGUUUACGUGAUAACCUUAACGAUUCCGCUAUCGAAUGGCCUUGCGCGCGCGCAACUAGCGCUAAUCCCUACUCCGAUUAUGAUUUAUGACCGACUCUGCAGCGAGAUUUUAACUGUACUAUAAUUACCGCACAUGUAGGUACCAAAGACGAAGUUGCUAUGAAACGAUUACAUUACCUUGCAAAGCAAAGCUCAACACACGUUCGUGGUGGCCUUUCUGGCCGCGCCACAGUCGCAUCUUGAAUCGAAGUUAAUUAGUAUAGGGGACUCAAUACGUUCAUUAUUCUACUCAAUAAAAUAAAAAAAUAAAUGUUCUAAAAAUAAGAAAAUAACCCUACGGGGCUGAGAGAGGGGCCACUCAAAACGUGGGUAUAUUAUCUAAGGGAUUAUUAAUAGGAUAUGCGGGUGGUCACUUAUCCCUGGGACAAUGUGUCCCAGGGAUAAGUGACCACCCGGCGUUUUUUGAAUACUUGAACAAUAUUAUUGAUAAUUAUAUUUAUAUUUGUGACUUAGCGGC